AUGACUAGCAAGAAAGGUGGUCAUACUGACCGACCCUUGCUUUCAGCCUUCAGGUCAGCUUCUGCUCCUAAACUGAAUGUUAAACACCAGCCCCAAGAGACCGCUAUCCAUUACUCUGCUUUGGGCAAGGAGGAGGAUGACGAGGAAGAGGACUUCUGUGAAAUGUUAGAGCCAUCAAGUAAUGCAGUGGCAAAGAGUCAAGAAGUUGUAACAGCUUUGGAAGCAAGUGAAGACCUUAUUCUUGAAGGAGAAACUGAAAGGAAGUCUGUCAUCAAUGUUGCUGAAGUUACAGUCGAAACAGAUGAACAAAACACUAAUAAUCAAAAGAUUGGUCUAUCUCCCUCUGCUACAACCAUUCCUGGGGCUGCAAAAGCAUCAGAGUCCCCUUCAGGUGCUACCAGUUCCUCACCUUCCAAAUCUUUGUCCCUUCCCUCAAUGGACAAAGCCUUUAUUAACCUUGUAAAGUCAUUGUCUACCGAUCUGGAGCCUCGUGAGGGAAUCCCUGCCCCUCCCUCUCUGCGCAAUCGUCAACUAAUAAAGAACCUUGUCAAGUCCUUGUCCACAGAUUCCACUCAGGAUCCAGCAGGGUCAAACCGGCCUUCGGACUCUCGCCUCAAUUUGCAGCUCUUUAAACAGUUUACCCAGUCUCGCGCCACCACAAGUACUGGAGACUCCAAAACUGCUCCGACCUCUCCGUUAGCCUCACCUGACAAUCGCUUCUCCUUUAAAGUGUCGGAGGUGGAGGCCCGCAUUGAAGACACAAAACGACGUUUUUCAGAGGCCAUUUCUGAUCCUUUGCAUUUGAUCAGCAAGUUCAUGGGAGAUGAAACUUCAAGUAUUUACAGACCCAAAACUGUACCAAGUGCCUCAGAAUUGACUAGCUUUUCUAGUAUAAAUGGCCAUCUGGAGAACAACAACAAUUAUACUAUUAAGGAAGAAGAAGACUGUGUAGAAGAUGGUAUUACCCCGGAUGCAUCUGAGCAGGUCUCGGGUGCUGAAAGCAAGGCUACAACCAAAACCUCUCUGCCCUCUUUAGGACUUGACAAGUGUUCCAUGUCGACGCUGGUCAAGCAAGAGGAUGAAGAGUUCUGUGAACUUUACAGUGAAGACUUUGACUUCUCUGCGGAUACAGAGAUACCGCUCGAAUGUAAUGAGGACAAUAAAAAUGGACGCCGUACUUCUGUGCCUUCUGGUCAGAGCAACAACACCUCAAGCAAAGACGAACCGAACCUUGAGUCUGCAUAUAGUAUUCCACAUAAGACUUUGUUUGCUCUGACCAUCAUUACCUAUGGCUGCUUCGUUCUACCUUUGCCUAAUUACCUUGCUGGAAUGCUGCUGGGUUUAGCACUAGGGUUCAUGCUAGCCAUUGGUUUGGUGUGGAAGACGCGACCAAGGAGACAAGAUCUAAGAAGUCACAGAAGGUCAAAGGACCUGUGGAACAUUGCACAGCUGGAUAUCAAAGAACCAGGCAUGUUCAAGGGCUGGAUGAACGAGAUUCAUAACUACGAUCCAGAAAUGUACCACGCGACCCUCACCCACUCAGUCUUUGUACGCUUGGAGGGCUCAACCUUGAGGAUCUCCAAACCAAACAAGAACAUUGCCCGGCGGGCCAGUUACAGUGAGCCCAAACCAGAUGUCAGCUACAUCAGCCAAAAAAUCUACGACCUUACAGACAGCAAGAUAUCCCUGGUACCCCAGAGUCUCGCCAGGAAGCGGGUGUGGAACAAAAAGUACCCCAUACGUAUUGAGCUGGCCAAGCAGAAUAACUUUAUUACUAAAGCUGAGUUAGAGAGAGCUUCAGAGGAGAAGGAGAAUCCGGACAAUACAAACUCACAGGAUAAAGGCAGAGCAGAUUCGGAGCGUGAUCCACCCACAGUGUACCUGUUCGGGAGGACAGGAAGAGAGAAAGAGGAGUGGUUUAGGAGACUACUACUGGCAUCCAAACUGAAAUCUGAAGCAACCAGGCAGACGGCUAUCCUGCCAGCUAGUAAGAGUGCUCCUGCUCUGUCUCACAGCCGCAGCAGUAGUAAAAGCAGUCUGGAUGAGCUUCUGUCAUCCCAGGCUGCUAAGAGAGAAUCGAUUGCAAGUGCCAAACAGAAAGCUCUGCUGGAUUACAGCAUCUACAUGGCCAAUUAUAUCAACACUUCUAAAGAGAACAGUGCCAACACCAGUCCCAGAGAAAGCCCACACAGCAGCCCUGGACUGGGCAAAAAGUUGCCAAACAUCCCAGAAAAAGAGGGGGGGGCUGUGUGCUGGGUAAAUGCUCUAAUAGGCCGGAUUGCGUGGGACUUCCUCAGGGAGACACAUUGGGCCGACUGGGUGUCAAAGAAGAUCCAGAUGAAGCUCAGCAAAAUUAGGUUGCCUUACUUCAUGAAUGAGCUGACUUUGACAGAACUUGACAUGGGCAAUUGCACUCCUAGAAUCCUCGGGGCUUCUCAACCCUUAGUGGACCAUCAAGGUCUCUGGUUUGAUUUGGAGAUCUCCUAUAAGGGUUCGUUUCUCAUGACUCUGGAGACAAAGAUGAACCUGUCACGUUUAGGAAAGGAGGCAGAGGGUCUUGGAGAGUUUGGGAAAGAUGGACACAGGCCACGUACGUACUGCCUGGCCGAUAGUGAUGAGGAGUCAUCCAGUGCAGGAUCUUCAGAUGAAGACGAUGGGACAGAGAAUGUUGCUGAUAAAAACCUGCCACUAGGCGCAGAGGGGUACACUGGGGUCCACAGGCCGAGCAAGAUCAUGAGAUUUGUGGAUAAGAUAACCAAGAACAAGUAUUUUCAGAAGGCCACUGAGACCGAGUUUAUUAAGAAGAAAAUUGAGGAAGUGUCGAACACACCGCUGCUACUCACGGUAGAGCUUCAGGAGUGUAAAGGAAAGCUGGCUGUCAACAUCCCGCCUCCACCUACUGACAGGAUAUGGUAUGGCUUUCGCAGUCCUCCGCUGUUGGAGCUGAAGGCUCGUCCCAAACUGGGAGAGAGAGAGGUGACACUGGCGCAUGUGACCGACUGGAUAGAAAAGAAGCUGGAGAGAGAAUUCCAGAAAAUCCUCGUGAUGCCAAACAUGGACGACGUCUGGCUCGGUGUCAUGCGUUCUUCAGUGGAUCCCCGGUCCGACACUCUUCUAACGGAAAACAAAGAUCCGACGGCCAACCUCGAUGCUGACAUUCCACCCCCUGCAGAGCUAUGAAUGACCAAAUCUACGUCCAGUAUUGGCCAAACAGUGAGCUGAUGUUGUGGGAGUGUUCUGUUUCUAAAACCCACUGGGCUUCGGUGACUCAUUCAUUCUUUCAGAGUGAACCUUGAAGGACAUUGGAUCUGAAGGCUGUGCUGCCUUGAUUACUUCAUCAAUAUCAAAAUAAAUUCUUGUGGAAGAAAUACACGGCCAAUUUUACUGAGAUCUGAGAUAAACAAACAGCACAUUUGAUAUUAGAUGGAAGAGUAUGUGACACGAUGAAGGAAGAACAGCAACAGAUGUGAAUAUUUAAUCAGGUGAAGCUUGUCUAUUUGUAUUUAUAUUGGGGGUUUAUCUGUAUAGAAUAGAGCUGAAGCUCUUGAUUUGAUUGGGUUGUGCAGUGUUUCUAAGUGCCACUGUGUUGUGUGUGUGUGUGUGUGUGUGUGUGUGUGUGUGUGUGUGUGUGUGUGUGGUGAUCCAUGUCUGUCGAUCUUUAAAUAUCAACUGGCUUUAAUACUUUUUUAUAGGUUGUGAUAAAUGUACAGGGUGAUUUCAAAGACCUGAAGUAUACAAGGGGGCCCAAGUUGACCUUGGAGAUAUUUGUUUAGAUUAAUUUAUCAGUAUAGUAGCAGCUACUAUAGAUACUGCACACCCUGCUACUGCUGCUGUUAUGCCUUUUUUACAUGACAUGCAUUUAGUCACAGUGUACUUCUCCUCCACUAGUGUAAACAUUAAUCCCAUUACCAAUCCCUCUACUUAAAGCCUAGCCUCAGGAGUGUAUCGCAUUUAUCCAUGGUGCAAGUAAUCACCUGAGAUUACUUAAAACAUACCCCAUUCAAAACUCAGCUCUGCCAUCCGGCAGGCUGGACGCCUACACGAACAACGAUUGCCUGUUGUUCUAGGGGGGGGGGCCGGACGGGACCUCAUAACUGAUGCAGUUAUGACCUCUGCCUGCUAAUUGAUGCCACCUGCACAGAAACGAAGGAUAAUGCAUAGAUCAGGGUGCAGUCAGUCUCAGCUCUCCUCAACCAAGGUGGAGAUCAACAUCAGUAGAGAGGAAGCAGAAUGCAAUUCAGUAAUUGGAUAUGACUAGAUUGGGAGGAAAAUUUGGGAAAAAUGCAAAAAUAAAUAAAUAAAUACCCCAGAGAUCAGUACCCAGGCUUAAAACUGUUUUUACACAUGCCCAAACAUAUCAAACUUUUGGUCCUAACCAACUCAUGUUUGAGUUCAGGGGGACGCCACAGUAUCACGCUGACACUGGAUUCGCCCUGCACUACACAUUACGGCGUUCUGUGUUUUCCCUCAGCUGUUAAUUUGUUUCUUGGCUUUUUAUCCAGCUGUUGAUGAGCAAGUAAAACAUUUUCAGAGAUAUCGGGAUAGUCCAUAUUGGUUCGAUUUGACUAAUCCUGGAUCAACGUUUAUGAGUUGCCGUAAUACUGUGUCUAAAUGUGCCACUCUGUAUUUGAGAAUUGACGGUUAUUAGAAGGACAAUGCUGUAUAUGUUGUGUGUGAAUGUGUAAUGCAGAUUAUUAUAAUGUGUAUGUGAGUAAUUAAUUUGCAUUAAAUGCACACAUGCUCUAAGCAAGAUGAGCUACUGGGCCCUGGCUAUAUGCCCAUAGUUUUUUCAUUAUCAUCUGUACAUGUCUCCAUCCAUAUCAUUUAAAACCACAGCAAUCAUAAACAUCAUCAAAUGCUUACCUUUAAAAAGCUGUAUCACAGGUAGAAUAAAGAUCCAGAUAAGCACAAGUACAUUGUUUUAGUACUAUCCAUAUCAUUCAUAGCCAGGGGCAUUUCACCAAUCAAAGCAAAACCAGCCAACUAUGGAUUUUUGUGAGCUCAUUUCCACAAAAGAGGACUGAUGCUCUUCUCAAAGUCUGUUAGCUGUCCAGUGGAUGGGUCAUUUCACACUUUGCAAGAAGCACAUGCUAGCCCUCACUCGCUGAAAAGAAACAGCUUGGCCCUGGGAAUAUAUAUUUUUAUUUAAAUUAAAGGUGUUGCCAUCAAUCACUAAUUUCCAUUGUAACUGUGAUGCUGGCUCUACACCAAACUAACUUAUACAUAGUGGAAAUAUUUGAAUUCUAAAUAAGAAAUAGAAGAUUUUAAAAUGCAGAAGUUGGUUUAACUAAUAAUAAAUCAAAAAUUGUGAGAUUGACUGCAAAAUCUGAUGCUGUUAAUUUGGACAAUAAAAGGCUAACGGUGUCUUUGACAUGACUUGAAGACCUUGUGGUUUGGCUGUCAAUAACGAGCUAUUGUGAAUAGAUAGAACACUACCUGAAUAUUUUAUAAGGGCAUCCACGGGUUCCAGUAGUAUCUGCUCGGCUAUAAGCAAAUCAAGAGCUCUAGAUUGAAAGGAAUUGACUGGCACACUAACACAAAGAUAAACAGUGCACAAUAAUUUCUAAAUCAUCUUUAUUAUAUUACUAAAUGCUCUUGAAAAACAGUUAUUUUUGGCACCUUGUCAGUUAAUGUGUGAGAAGGUUGGCGUAUGCCUACGGUGUGUAUGUAUGAGUGUAUAGUGCUGUUGAAACAAUCAUAAAUGGUACCUAUGUACAGUAUGCAGUCUGAUACUAAUGAAUGUAUAAUUUUGUGUGUAUUUAUAAUUGCAAAUUUGCCUUUCACACGACUUUGCGUUUAAUACAAAUCGUAAUUUCUGCAGAUCUUUUUUGAACAGAGAAAAUUAUAUAUGCAUAUAUUAGAAGGAUUUUCUGAUUCUGUGAAGCCAUUUUUUUCUAUUAUAAAUGUUUUUUUGUUUUUAGAAAGUAUGACAUAACAUUCCUGGGUCCGCUUUGUGGUUAUGUGGAGGCUGUCGGUAUAGCUUAAGUGAAGGAAACCAGGUUGAAGAAAAUUAAAGCACUGCUAAAAAACUGGUCUUUUAUCUCUGUAAGGACUCAAACUUUUCUAGUUCCCCAAAUUUAGAAUUAAGUCAGAUUUUUCUUAAAUUAUCACCAACACAAUAAAUGUGUUAAACAAUAAAGUAAACUUAAGUGUAAAUUUGUUGUAAGAUUGUGCAAUAAUGGUUUUUAAAACCAAGCCUUGGUGGCCGCUAGACAUGUGCCCAUGCGUAUCGAAUAUCUGUAGCAUAUUUUCAUUUAGCAGAGGUCUGUUUUUGAAGUAUGCCUUGGCAUCUCAUCUGGGCAUUUCCCAGAUAUUUAAUAGCUGUAAAGGUGCAGCUCUUGCACUGUAAUUUUCCUGCAGCAGAACCCUGUUGCUGAGUCCUAAUAAUUCUUGGUCUGCCCAUGCUGUGGUCAUGCUGUGGUCGUAAAUAGAUUAUAGAAGGUUUAAGUGGUAGUUAGGGGUGUCACAUGGAGCAUCAUUUGGAAAGAGGAUUUCUAGAAUUACUGUGUGACAAAUAUCACAAUAUAUUAUAUAAUAGAUCCACACAGUUAUGAGUCAUAUGCACAAAUGAAAACGUAGAGUAAUACUGUCGCUACUAAGCAGGACACUGACUUUAAUUUUGAAGUUCAGGCAAAGUAAAGUAGGAAUAGAUGUAUUUUAUUACAAUUUGUUUACAAAGAGAAAUUGUUUACUGUUAGAUUUCUCUUAAACAUGCAUUUUUUUUUUUUUACAUUAUUUUCAGAAUGACUUUAAUUUCCUGUUUAUCCAGUAAUCAGCAGUAUGUUGUAAAUUUUGCCUUAAUUGAAGCUGAUUAAUGAAGUCUAAAUGACAUGAACCAUGUUUGGUCUGUAUUACUGAUUUAUUAAUAGGAGGCAGUGUGUUUUAUUAUGUUAUGUUAUGCUAUCAGUUAUUAAAAAUUUGAUGAUUCCUGGUUUGAAUGGAGUUUGACAACUUGAUGAGAAAUGUUUUGAUAUAGUGGAUUCAAAAAGUUUUCAGACCCCUUGACAUUUUGCACUGUUGUGUUUUUUAGAAAGGACAUCAGUCUAUACUUAGUCUCCCAUAACGACAAAGACAAACAUGGUUUUAGAGUUUUUUUUUUUUAUUAUUUAAACUAAAAAAAAAACAGUAUUUAUUCAGUACUUCAUAGAAAUCAGGAGCAUUUGUAGCUGAAAGUAUACUUGGAUACAUAUUUAAAAGUUUCUCACAUGUGGAUGUCGGCAGUUUAUCCCAUCCCAUUGUGUGGUUGCAUCCGUGCCCUGAGCUAUGCCUUGCCACAAUUUAAUAUUCACAGACAGUUCCUUUGACUUGAUGGCUCAUUUUCUAUCUGACAGCGUAAUUUGUUGACCCCUGAAUACCCAGGUGUGUGCAUUUAAAGCAAAACAGGAUGCACCAGCUCACACUUUUGAAGUUUUCUCAUUUACAAAAUACCUUUGUAAAUGAGAGAUUUCAGGCUUUGAUUAAUGUUCAAAAAACUCUGUUUUACUUUGUCAUAAUGGGGGAUUAAAAAUGAGACUGAUGGGUUAUUAUACCCAUUUAAUAUGUGUAAAGAGUUGAGGGGUGUAAAUACCUUCUGAACCCACUGUAAAUGUGCCACACCUUGUAAGAAUCAGCACAGUAUUAAUUAAAGGUUGGUUAAUUCUUUUUCUUUGGCCAUGUAUGCCUUCUCCGCCAAGUGUUGCAAAAAUAGUUUUUACAGACCUUAUUUGCUUUCAUACAAUUUUUACAGAAGUUUUUUUUGCUCAGUGAUAAAUUGUGAGCUGAUGAGUGAAAUUGUUCACACAAAUUCUGAUUUAAAAUAAAGAUUUUUUUUCUUGUC